AUGGCACCCUCAGGUCUUGCUAUCAUUAUCGGAGCUGGUCCCACCAGCGGCCGGGGUAUUGCCCGUGUUCUCGCCCGAGCAGAUGGUGGUAACUUCGCUGUAGCUCUUUUGGCUCGCAACGCCGAUAAACUCAAUGAUCUUCGCGACUCUCUCCGCAAAGAGACAAAUGGACUUCUCCACGCAUUCCCCACCGAUACUAAGCCUGAGAACCUCCGCAAGACAUUCCAGGACAUUCGCAACCAUGAUGACUUCAAGGGUCUGAAACUCAAGCUUGCGAUAUAUCACGUCAAACAUGCCAGCAAAAAGCCUUUUCUCGAGGAAACAGCUGAGGCUUUCAGCGAAAGCAUGCAGACGUACACCACAGGCGCUGUAGUCUUUUCACAAGAAGCUUUGAAGCUUAUCUACGAGCAGAAUGGUGGCCAGACACUCUUGGCUGAUACAAACGGCGCCAAGAAGGGAACUAUUAUCUUCACUGGCACCCUGGGUGCCAUGCGGACAAACCCUGGGUAUGCUGCCUAUGGAGCAACUCGUGCAUCGGCUCGGAUGGUAGCGCAGGCUAUCGCUAAGGAACACAGCAAAUAUGGAGUACAGUGCGUGCAUGCGAUUGCGAAUGGUCACAUUAGGGAUGAGGACACUGAGGAAACCAGGACUGGAAAGCAUAUGAGGGCCGAGGAUGUUGGACAGACGUAUUUGUGGUUAUCGCAGCAGCCCAGUUCGCUUUGGGUCCAUGAGUUGGACUUAAGGCCGGCUCAAGAGUCUUUUUAG